GAGUGCCGCGUCGUCAGUUGGUGCUCGACCGUCGCACGUGUAAUACGUUCGUUCGUUCGCUCUCUUCGCUUGUGAUUUUUCGCGAACGUGCGCAUUCGCGUUCCCUCGGAAGUUGACCGUGACGACAAAGUUUUGUGAUCGUGAUCGUUCCUCUUCGUGUCCGGUGCGCGCUGACCGGUUUGGUGUAUCCUCGCGACAACAGGAGCCGAGGAACCGUCGCUCGCAGCAGCAACACGACGAGACGGGAGACGGUGGUCCCGGAAGGUGGUAUCUUUUCAUGAGAAGCACAACCGACCUUCCAUCGUACGUGGGAAUAACGACAAGAGGUCGGCCUUGAGGUGCGGAUAGGAGAGGAGAGUGUGCGGUGGUGGUCGUGGUCGUCGUCGUCGUGCAAGCCGCAACACGGGAUCAGGGAUAGAGAGAGAUUUAUUCGAGUUUCACAACCUCUCUCGAUCAGCAGCAGCAGCAGCAGCAGCAGCAGCGGCUCUGGUGGCGGUCGUGACCUCGAUAGAGCUCAUCCACCUGGUCGGAUAACUCCGCUGGAGCGGCGGCCAGGACACCGAAAGGUCGAGAGAGUCUCCUUGCAACACAAGAGCCGUGUGUUGUAUUAUCCGUCGUGAUAUCGUGCGCGAAUCCCCCUUCCAUAUCGGCCAGACACGCGCCGGCUACCGGAAGAGUCGUCGUUGCACGAUGUAGCGGUCCCACAGACGGCACCCAUGAUUUUUCGUCGAUCGUCUCGCUGGGAACGGGACUCUUGAACGAAGAAAGACAUACUUCGGAGAAUAUUUUUGCGACAGAACGAUGAAGACGAUGGGCGAUGUGGUCGCAGAUCCCGUCGACGAGGAGAACGGCACAUCAGCCGGGGCCCAGAACCCAACUGUCAGCAAGGAAUUCGGGCAGAGGACACUGAGGUCCUUGAAGAGGGGCCUGGGCAGGCUGUGGAGGAGGCACAGGGGUAACGCCUCCAUCACCGAGUACGACCCCAGCUAUAAGGUCGCUUAUCUUGGGAACGUUCUCACUGGAUGGGCCAAGGGUGAGGGCUGCGUGGAGAAACCGGUGUCGACCUUAUGGCGCAAUUACGUUACCAGCAACAGGCCGGACGUGUCGAUGAGGCUGACGGUCACGAACGGUGGUUUGACCGCGACGACGAAGGAUCACGGUCUGACGGAGUACUGGGCGCACAGGGUAACCUAUUGUACUGCGCCAGCAUCCCACCCGCGCCUGUUCGUCUGGGUCUACAGACACGAGGGACGGAGGCUGAGGCCCGAGCUCAGGUGCCACGCCGCCCUGUGUAGCAAGGAGUCCACCGCCAGGAGGCUGGCCUCGACCUUGAACGCCAGGCUACAACAGGCGCUCCUGGAAUUCCGACGGGACAAGGUCUCCAGGCAAAAUGCUAGACUAUCACUAGCAAAUGCUCUGUACGAGAACCCAUCGUUACCACGCCGGAAGUUACUCUUAAGCACCGGGGGCCAGAACUACCGGCCGCCCCUGGAGAGAUCGAAAAGCGCGCCAAAACUGUCGGCGAUCGAAGAGGACAUCGUCGCCGAGGAAAUCGAACAGCAGAGGAUCCUCGAGGAACUGAGGACCCUAGAGACCGUUGCUCGCAGCUGGCAGGAUCAAGACAGCUGGAGACUCGCUAGACUGCUCGACGCUCUGAAUCGCGAAUCGUCUGACGAGAAUGGAAGUAUUUCCAGUGGUUGCGAAACCGCCAGCACCGCGACCAGCGAGGAAAGAGCUCCUGGCCCGGAAGAUAACCAUGCUUCAGGUGAACCAGAACAAAGAGCAGAGAGACGAGUAAUGUUCUCCGACGAUGUGGUCAGAAUGGGUCCAGGACCGCGACGGAACUCGGACGGUUCCCCGAACUUUAUGACCUGCUCUGGUAGCCCACGUUUUCAUCGUUGCAACGUUUCCACCACCCGGAAGAGGUUUUCGUCGCGGCCAGAGGAGGACGAAUCGAUGGAAGAGGAGGACGAGGAGAUCGAGGAUCCAGGCUCCCACGUGUUCGACUUUGAGGACGUUGAGGAUUUCGACGACGUGGUCGAUUACAGGCCCAGGGGCGAGAUACUGCGCAGGAUCGACGAUCCCCAAGAAAGGGAAAGACGUGUUAUGGAGAAGUAUCCAAGAGGGAUGAGUCACGAGCUGUUGCAGAACGACGAGUCCCCAUUUCUGACCUUGGACUCCCUCGACGAGGAGGUGGACAGCGACGAAAGCGGGUACGUGGAGGCACCGCCUAAAUCCCUAUUAGGUCAGGAUGACCGCAAAGAGGAGGAAGAAGCUAACAAUGGUCGAGUCGAUCAAGGCCAGACUGAGUCACCAGACAUCCUUAGGGUAUCGAAGCCCACUAUUCAUGAGAGUCCGAGGAAACGCAAAGAUUCCAAAGAGUCGAUGGAACUGGAGAGAGUGGAAGAAGAACCCGAGCCUAAGGAGCAUAAUAAGGUCGUCGAUGAGAAUCAGAGGAUCAAGGAUAAAGAGAGGGACAGGUCUGAUUUCAUUAAGUGUCCUAUAUCAGAGACUAUCAAGAAGUUGGCGAACGCGUCGCUGAAAGGCUCCAGGUCCUUAGAGAUGACCACGAACAGUUGUUUGAAGGCACUGAAUAAUUUGAAGACCUCCAAGUCCUUCGACGGUGUAAAGACCGUCGAGAUGGACGCUGAGUCGCCCAGCCUUCAUCAGAGGAAGCAACUGUUGGCCCAACAUGGGGUUGUUGUUUGAACGCUUCUGGAGAUACGAACGUAGUGUUCCGAAGACUCUGAAAAAUUGUAUAUGUCCUCUUCGGAAUCAUUUGACACGGUGAUAUCGGAUUGAAUGGACUGUGGUAAGCAUAUUGUAGAUUCGCUCAGAUCAUUAGACAGUUCUGAGAGACGAUACAGAGCUUCGGGAGCAACCGCCUGUUUGAUGGACGUAAUCGCUGAUCGUUUUUUCUUCAAUCGGUGAACAGGCUUUAGUAAAAAAGAAAUCGUUUCAUCCACGCUAUUGAUAUAAAGUAUUCGAUGUUGUGCAAGCGCUACGAGCUCGAUCGAUCGACGCCUGUUGAAUGCCUUUGGCCGUUGAACGACCGAGCUUAAUAAACUAAAAGAUUUUCGCACGAUCUUGUGCGAUCUUGUGCUGCCCAAUUCACGGUCUGCGCCGAAAGUUUAAUGUUGAAAUGCUAGAGAAUAUAUUAUAUGUAUAUAUAUAUAUUAUUUUACGAAACUGGUAAGAAUGGAGACGGUUCUUGAGUGUGUACGAGGGAAAAGAGAUAUUUUUUAAUUCGGACUAAUGAUCGUUAAGUAUCAUAUCACGACUGAAGAUCUUAUCGAUAUGAUUGUUUGUUUAUUGGAAAUGUGGUAUGAUUACCGAUGUUGAUUGGUCUGAGAGAAUGAAUUUCCGGAAUAAAGAGAGUCGAAUGUGUUUUGCGCGCGUUGUUCGAGAAACUUUCGGAAGAAGUGAUAUAUUAUCGACUAAAAAAGCAUAUAUUAUCUAAAAGAAUGUCUGUGUGUAAAGUUAUUGGAAAAGUUCGCACAAAUUUAUAUUUAGCGAGCGUUAAUAACGAUAGGAAUGCAAAUUUCGUAAUCGAAAUUCAGCGUCAAGUUAUCUCAACAUUGAAAUAAUGUUCUUUCGCGGAAUUGUCAAAGAUCGGCCUACCGAAUAUGACACGUUUAAUACCUGUAAUGGCUAUCGAAUACCCAACAUGUACUCGCUAGAAAUUAUUUAAAACGAAGUCCUAACCAUCGAAGCAAGAGCGUGCCAUAGAUGUGCACCAGGGCUAGAUGAUUUUGUAAAAAUAUAUCCAUAAAAUUUUGUAGAAAAAGAACUACUGACGCUAAGAUUAGUGUACACGCUAAUAAAAGAUUUAUGAUAGAUUGCAUAUUUUCAAGACUACAGUGUCUCAUUGGAUUCGAACUUUGCAACGAUAAAUUAUCACGAGAGAUCGAAAAUAUCCCAGUUAUGAUAAUCAUAUACGACUGUCUUGAGGUAGAAUUAAAAAAGAAACGCUUGGAAAUCGGGGAACAUUCUACCUUCUUGGAAUCGUCUUCGAUACAUACGAAUUCGCAUUCGUUACGAGGCCUGUACCGCUAGAAAUUGCACCGGUAAUUAUGGAUCGCGUGCAAACCCCGGCAGAAAACUCGAAUUGCAACUCUGUAGGGUACAUCUCCUCCUCGCGCAGAUCCGGGUCAAUCAAUAAAAGGGGAACUUGUAUGCCGGCCGUCAACCCCGCGUCGUCGAUUCUUCGACGGGCCGAAUCCGCCAUCUUGUUUUGUCGAUCGAACGGCAUCCAAGUUGAGCGAACAGAUGAUUUUGAGCGAUUUUGAACGAAUUGUUUCGGAAAACACCUGUGUAAUAUAUAUGAAUUUAGAGAAUUUUUUAAUAAAUUGUAUCA